UAUUAUACUACACAUAUACAUUCAAAAUGGGUAAAGUUCACGGUUCUUUAGCUCGUGCCGGUAAGGUUAAGUCUCAAACUCCAAAGGUUGACAAGCAAGAAAAGCCAAAGAAGCCAAAGGGUAGAGCUUACAAGCGUUUGUUAUACACCAGAAGAUUCAUCAACGUCACCUUGACUAACGGUAAGAGAAAGAUGAACCCUUCUCCAGCCUCCCAAUAA